UCACUCCACUCCUUCCUCAUUCUCAGGCUCUAUCUCUUUGGAACUCUUUGUAUAUCUUGGCACCAUGUCCUCUAAGUGCGGAAUGCAGACAGCGAUUUGCGCCUUGAUCGAGUGCUUCCAUAAAUACUCUGGCAAGGAAGGUGACAAAAACACUCUCACCAAAGGCGAGCUGAAGGAUCUGCUCCAAGCGGAGCUAAAUCUAAUGUUCGAUAACUGCAAGGACCAGGGAAAACUGGACCGUAUAUUCAAGGACCUGGAUGCAAAUAGCGACGGCACUGUGAAUUUCCAAGAGUAUAUUGUCAUGGUUGCCUGCAUCGCCACACUGUGCUGUGAGGACCUUAACUUGUGCUGAGGCUCCGUAUCGGUGCUGCGUUGUUACCACAGUCAAGAGUCGCGCCCAGCUGAUGCAGACAUGAUAUGGUCAUAUGUAUUACCUGAAGAAAACUUGUUUUUCACAAAAAGCAAAAAUGCGCAGCUUAUGAAAUGCAAGAUGUAACAAUAUUCAUCCAUUAAAAUACUUCGAUAUAUUUCAGAA